UCAGAUGAGAUGGGUGAUGGGCUAAUGGCCUCUCGCUGAUGGGUGGCUCCCAUUAAUCCAUGGGGACCAUUAGCUUUCGCUUGUGCCUCAAACACACCGUCUCCAAUCCUGCUUCCUUCCCCUGUUCCACCCGAUGCCCUGUUCAUAUACUUGGGGCCGAUCGUCGAUCGCUCUCCUUUUUCCACUGCCUCCAAAGCUCUUACCUUUACCGUUCUUCCUCCCCUGUUCUCACCGAUUCCCUCGCCGUUCCUCGCUCCGGCCGAUUGGGCCGCUGUCUUUUAUGGUCGAUUUCUUCGGUUUUUAUGGCUCGCUGCCCUCGGUUUCGUCGAACCUUGUGGCAGAUUCUGACCUUUUGAGCCUGGCUUCGGCGUUCCUUUCUUGAUUGAAUCCCUAAUCCAUAAAAAUAAAAAAGAAGCGAUUUUUCCCUUUAGUUUCUUGUUUCUCUUUUUCCAUCCCGGCCUUCAAAAUCCGGCUUUUUCAGCGAUUUGUGUAAUUUUCUGGCGUUGAUUUCUGGUUCUGCAGCUUUGAUUGUUCGUGAUCUGUUUGCUUCGAUAAUUUUGGUGGAUUUCGUCCCUUUCGAGAACGCUUAAAUGGCUGGAGAAAGCUGCAAUCUUGACAAAGAUGAAGCGGAGAUCUUCAAGCCCUCUCCCUCUUCUUCCCCUUCUCCUUCGCCACCUUCACCCCCAUCGUCAUCGCAACCGCCGCCGCCUUCUUCUGUCCUUCUGAAACCGAGCGAGGAAUCCGGUAUUCAGAGGCCCGAGAUACCGGAAUCUCCUCCGGCCCCCACGAUAACGUUUGCGGCUUCCUCCACACCGAAGCUUGACGAGGAGCCCUCCAACCCCGGGGAGGAACCCCCGGCUCCUGUUAGAUUCAGCAACAGAUGCUCUGCUUGCCGGAAAAAGGUUGGUCUCACCGGAUUCCGGUGCCGGUGCGGUGAUCUCUUCUGCGGUCGUCACCGGUACUCUGAUGCCCAUGAAUGUUCUUUCGAUUACAAGGCUGCUGGGAGGGAGGAGAUCGCCAAGGCCAACCCUGUCAUCAAAGCUGCCAAGAUCAUCAAGAUCUGAGAAUGAAGGUUGGGUGCAUGAUGAUGAAGUGCAUGAAGGCCAGCCUGGAAAUGACUGCAAGUGGGUUCAAGCUUUCUCAUGGUAUAAACAAAAGCUUUCUGAAAGAAGAAAUUGUUGUUGGUGCAGCCUUUUCUAUUAUACAGAUUCCAACUAAAGGCUUCUGAAUCAAGCACAAAGCUGAGGUCCACCAAGACCAAAUUCUCUCUCUGUUCCCUGGAUGUGUUUGAGGUUAUUCUUCUAUUGAUGGUUCAAGUAAUUGUGCUCUGUAUAACCUUCAUUAUCUUUUGCACUAGUAUUAUGCUUAUCAUCAAAUUAAUCAGGUGUGAUUCUUCUGAUC